CAAACAAAGAAAUUAUUUAAAUGGAUAUAAAUUAUAAAAUAAAUGGUUUGCUUAACCAUAACGAAGAAGUCUUGGGUUUACCACCCCGAAAUCGAAUUGAAUUUUCCGCGAAAGUCCAACUGUCCAAACUCCCAACUAUUUUGUUUUCCCCCAAAUCCUUCUUUCACGUUCUGAAUCCCAUAUAUCAUAUUCAGGGUUCAAUUACACACAUAUUAUUUAUUUAUUUUUUUCAUUUUUUUUAAUCAGGGGUGAAAAUCAGAGUUUCUGUGAAUUUUUCUUUCUGGAAGGGAUCUGAACAAGUUUUUGAUAUGAGUAUGCUUCACAGGAGCUUCAAGCCGGCGAAAUGCAAAACGGCGUUGAAGCUCUCCGUUUCUCGCAUAAAGCUCUUGAAUAAUAAGAGAGAAAAUCAGGUGAAGCAGAUGAAGAGGGAAUUGGCCCAAUUGCUCGAGUCGGGCCAGGUUCCUACCGCUCGGAUUCGGGUUGAACAUGUGAUCAGAGAAGAGAAAACAUUGACAGCUUAUAAUUUUAUUGAAGUAUACUGUGAGCUUAUUGCAGCACGCUUGCCAAUCAUCGAGUCACAAAAAAACUGUCCCAUUGACUUGAAGGAAGCAAUUACAAGUGUAAUAUUUGCAGCUCCAAGAUGUGCAGACAUACAAGAACUCGCAGAUAUUCGGAAACAUUUUACAGCAAAAUAUGGCAAAGAGUUUGUCUCUGCAGCUAUUGACUUGCGACCAGAUUGUGGUGUGAAUCGUGUGUUAGUGGAGAAACUAUCUGCCAAGACACCUGAUGGUCCAACCAAGCUCAAAGUUUUGAAUGCCAUCGCAGAGGAACAUAAUGUCAAAUGGAAUCCUGACUCAUUUGGAGGGCAUGAUUCUAAUCCCCCACAGGACUUAUUGAAUGUACCAAAUAAUUACGAGAUGAUGAGUAAAGUUCACACUGAAGCUUCUCCUGGCCCAGUUCGCAUCCAAGAUGACAAAGAACCACCAAAUGUCCAAGUGCCACAUACGUACAAUCAGAGGCAUGAUGCAUAUGUAAACUUCAAUGAGCAGAGUGUGAGACCGACAUCUGGUUAUCAAAGAAGUUCUUCUACAGAUGUUGCACCCAGCAAGGCAACGACAUCUAAUACUUUCCAUGCAGAAGUGAGAUCAUCAGGCCAUGCGACGGAACAGAUGGAAUAUAAACAAUCUGUGUCUGGAAAUGAGAAUGCUCAUUCCAUGGGUAGACAGAACUGGAAUAUGCAAUUUAAGGAUGCCACUUCUGCAGCACAGGCUGCUGCUGAGUCGGCAGAACUAGCAAGCAUGGCUGCCAGAGCAGCUGCAGAACUUUCUAGGCAGUAUUCCUCAGAAUUACAUAAGUCAUCUCAGGGUUCCAUUCAACAAGAUGAAGAACCCCAAGUCUAUGCGGACCCAAAGUUGCAAAGUCACCAUAUUGCCAAACAAGCAGAAAACAAUGCUUUUCACAGAAGGAAUUCUGGACACCACGAGAAGCAUAUCAUUGACAAAGAACGAGAGCAGCUUUAUGGGACAGCUGAAAGGUUUCAUAGAGACAGUUAUAAGAACAGUGAUAGAUGUAACAAUGCAGCUUCCUUUAAGUCCAGUACUGCUUCAAGUGAUGAUUCUACAGUAGUGAAUAGUCUCCGAACUGGGGACAGAUAUUCCCAAAGAAAGUCACCUGAAUCUGAUAAGAGCGAUUUAUUAGAUGAAGUGAGUAAGAGGAAACAUAAAGAUCAUUGUGAAAUUGAGCCAUCUUCUGAGGAAAUUGCUUUAUUUGAUCAAAAUGCAACUAGAAAGUAUUCUAAGGGUGCUCCGUCUCAUUCUUAUUCGAGCUCUUCAGGUGAUGAUAAAGAGGAUGUUCUAAGAAAGAAUGAGAAUGUUGCUUAUUUUGAGGAUGUGGAGGCUGAAAAAAAAUCUAGUCGGGCUUCGUCCAGAUCUCAUUCAAGCACCUUUGGUGAUAUUCAUGAAGACAUAUUCAAAAGAAAUAGUCCCAGUGAAAAUCCUUCUCUUCACAAUGACGGAAGUAUAUAUAGAAACACUUCAGAAAUAAAUAUUAAUGACAAUACUUUAAUGUUUGAUGACUAUAGUUCUGAUGAGGAUAACAAUAAAGUUGAUCUGGGUGAUUAUAAGGGACAAGAAACAAGCUCAUAUUUUUCAUCCCCGAUUAGAAAACCAUCUGCAAAUCUUUUUGCUGAUUCAACUGUUUGGUCCCCUAGACAUGCAGAUGAGGAACUUAGAAAGUCUGCUGUACAGUCACAUCCCGCGGAGUUUUCUGAAAGUUUGAAAGAUUCUAGUGUUGCACCACAACAAGAUGUAUUGCCACCUGCAGCUUUUGAUGAUUAUGAUAGCCAAGGAUCUGACUGUGAAGAAGAUUUGGGAAAGUCUAAGUUGCUUGGAGGUGCAGAUUUUGAUAACUUUCCUUCUGAAAUGAAUUUGAACUCUAAAAGUUCUGAGCCAUUCCAAAGUGAAGAUCAUAGUUUAGGAUCAUCUUCUUCUGAGGCUGGAGGAUCUAGAAGAAAUUCAUGGCUGCCAUCCACGUCAGUUGAUCAACGUCCCAAGGAAGUUCAAUCUGAUAGAAGCCAAGGACAUGAAUCUAGUUCUGUAUCUGAAAUUAAAUUUAAUUAUGCAGAGCUCUCUCCUAGGCUUAUGAAUUCUCGAUUGGAUUCAACGGCUAAGGACACACUAGAAUCGUUUGAUACUACAAAAGACACUGAGCAUACAGAAGAAUAUACUUUUGAAAGUAGUACUCAGGAGUUGAGUUUUGGGGCACUGAAAGGUGGUUUGCGGAAUAAGAGUAAUAGGCGUCCACUGCAUAUGAGGAAAUCAUCAGAAAACUCCUUGUCUGUUGAACAAGCUAGCAAGGGUAGUUUUUCCAGGAUUGAGGAAUCUUCCUCUUCUCCAACAGUUAGGACUUCAGUUGGUUUUGGUGCUGACAAGCAAGACCCACAUCGUGAGGAAAGAGACACAAACCUAAGCAAAAAAGGGGAUGUGAGGAACUUUACAAAACACACAGACUCCAUUGAUAAUCACUUGGACGAGGAAUUUCAACCAGUGACUAGUAGCAGUAAACAGCCGUACACUCAGAAAUUGGGUAUUGAACUAAACAAAAAAUUAAAUUUAAGGGGUUCACACAAUUAUUUUGAUUCAGAUAAUAGUGAUUCCGAGGAGGAUCUUCCUAAAUUGACUCCCACCAGAAAUGCAUACCCAGGCUUUGGAGUUUCUCGAAGGACAAAGGCUUCUCCUGAUUCUGGUAGAACAUUCUCAAAGAGUAACGUUUUAUCUGGGGAAUCUACUACUCCCAAUUAUAGAGCUGAAGCAAAGACUAAUGUAUUCCCUGGAGAAUCUACAACUCCCAAGUAUAGAGCUGAAGCAAAGACCAAUUUAUUCUCUCGGGAAUCUACAACUUCCAAGUUUGGAGCUGAAGCAAAAACUAAUGUAUACUCUGGGGAAUCUAUAACUCCCAAGUAUAGAGCUGAGGCAAAGACUGAUGUGUUCUCUGGGGAAUCUAUAACUCCAAUGUACAGAGCUGAGACAGUGACUGAUAUAUUCUCUGGGGAAUCUAUAAUUCCCAAGUACAGUUCUGAAAGCAAAUCAUCCUCAAGUAGUUUCCAGGCCAGUGAAGUAUUGCCUAAGCCUUUGCCCGAGACCAAAAUGUCAGAUUACUCAGUGGAGCAGCAUACGCCUAAAGCUGUACUAGAAUCCAGGAGCUCAUCACGCACCGAAAGUCCAAAGUCAACCCCGAGAAAACAGGCAUCCAAUCCUCUCAAUGCAUCAGUGGAGCAGGAUAGUCCUAAACCAAUACCAGAGUCCAGAAGGUCUUCACGCCUGUCAUCUACAAGUGAACAAACAUCAAAUUCUCAUCGGUUAUCAUUGCAGCGGGAUAGUCCUAGGCCAAUAUCUGAAUCAAGAUCUCCAUCUACAGACAGUUCAAAGCCAUCCAGGAGGGAAAGACCAUCUAAAUCACUUGAUAAGAAUAAGAAAUCUGGGGCUACUGAAGCUUCGAAGCCCUCUGUAACGAGGGAGACUUCAUCGAAUGACAAUACAGGUCAUGUGCAUCCUAAGCUUCCUGACUCUGAUGCUUUUACUGCUUUCUUCCAGUCUCUCAAACAGACUCGGGAUUAAAACAGUUACAUUGUUACAUACUAUACUCUAUAGAUUGCGUUUGUACAAGUAUGAUACUUUUUGGUGCUUUGAUAUUGUAUAUGACUUUUACUACAACAAUUUUUGAUCUUUAGAUUGGAGAGCACCCUGAUGUUCAUAUAGGAUGUGUAUUAUUUUACUCCCUUACAAAUUGAUCGAUACAUAGCUUCAUUAUUUUGUUCUAUAUCAUCACUUUAUUUUGGUUAAAUAAAAGGAAACAUUCUUUUACUA